UGCUGAGGGGGUGGGGGGUUGUUGCGGCCCCGUCUCCCCGACAGCUGGUACUCGUUUGCCGCCAUAAUGGAUCGCGCUCACUCACUUCUCGUCAUCAUCAUAUUCUUUGUCUGAGGGGACUGCGCGCUUCCCCCCUCCCUUCCGCUCGUCUGCCCCUGCCCACCGCCGUCUCGGAUUGGCUGCCGUGCCGCUCACGUGCCCGCCCCCGGCCAAUAGCCGUCCUUCGCGCUGUUUUUUGAAACACUUUCAAACUUCAUAAAUAUUCAUGGUAUUCGUGCGCCUCGCGUGAAAUAGUCCGGCCAGGAACGCCGCUUCCCGUUCUGAGAUUCGUCUUCCUCCGUUGCGUCGCGUCCCACCGUGGAAGGAGGGUCUGGGUUCGCAGUAGAGACACUGGGGACACGGGGUCGCGGUGAAGUUUCGCUGUGGCAGAGAGCGCCGUGCAGGUAAGAAGAUUGUGCUAAAGAUGCCUCGUCACGGUGAAAUUGUGGUUAUUAAAAGAAAUGGUACUGAUGGAACACACUUCCCAUUGACUGCAGCUACAUGCUUGUUUGGAAGGAAAACUGAAUGUGACAUACGCAUUCAACUGCCACAUGUCUCCAAAGAACACUGUAAAGUUGAAGUCAAGGAUAAUGGGGAGGUUUUUGUUAUCAAUUUAAGCAACGUGAACCCAACUCAGCUAAAUGGAAUUGCUAUUAAACACCCUGUACGCCUCAAGGAUGGCGACGUGCUCACCAUUAUUGAUCGUUCCUUUAGAUUUCUGAAACCUCAGGCCCAUCAAGGAAGACGAAAAUCUACAGGCCUUGAUUCUGACACUUACAAGGUGUUUGCAAGUAACCAGUCUUCAGACACAAAUGAAACUGUGCGGAUUGACGAUUUCCUAACUAAUAAAAACAAACGGAAAUCUGAAGGCAACACCUCCAAAAUUACUCAUUCGCGGCGAUCAGUGCAGACUACUUCAUCGGAGGCUUCCAAAGAUCUGUCUCCUUUUGGCGAACUAUAUAAAAUGUUGAAAAGUGAAGUUGUGUCCCCAAAAAAAGAAAAUAAAACCCCUCUGAAGGAUGGAGGCAGCUCCAAAAAAUCAACCGUUCGUAAAAAUUUCCAGGCUAAUGAUAAGACCCAGUCUCCUGGGUCCAGGCGCAUUUCCCGAAGUCAAUCAAGUGACAGCAAUGUAGUUCGAAGCAGAGAGGUUAAUGUGCAAGCUAGAUCACUUUCUUCCAGCAGAAUUGGGGAGUCUUCUAAAAGUCCAUCAAGAAGUCCUAAAAUUUUACAGAAACGCAGCAGUGCCAUGGAAACUGCAAGUCCUAGAACCUUAACUAAAGAGGUACAUAAUGAGUCAUCCCAUGGAGUUCUUGUGCCAGAACCUAUACAGACUCCACAGAGAAGAUCUGAUAAACUGAACUCUGCUUCCCAGGAACAAGUGACUCCAAUUUCAAAUGCUACUUCAGGGAAACGAUCUCCCAGAAGGUCUGCAAGUGCUGAGCUAGCCAAUGUAGCUACACCGUUGCUCUCACCAGGGAGUGAUGGCAAAGCAUCUGACUCUUCAAGUAAUCAGCGAAGCAGUAAUUCAGUUCCUGAACAAAAAGUACUAAACAGUCCAGGUGGCAAAUCCCCUACUCAUGGUAGGCGAAGUGCGUCUAAAGAUCAAGGUGUUAAAGAAACCCCAUCCAAGACCAUCGCGACUGAAGGAAAAAGUAGUGAAGUCGUAAAGAGGAAAUCACCUAAAAAACGAAGAAGUGAUGAACUUGGCUUGCCAGAACCGCCAUUCAAAAAAAAGAGGGUCUCAUUUGGUGGACAGUUAAGUCCAGAACUUUUUGAUAAGAGGCUGCCUCCAAACUCUCCCCUCAAAAAAGGUGCAACUCCUGCUCGACGAAGCUUGUCUAUCAAUUCUCCUCGUAAUGCUACGAGGAAAAGCUUUGGCCUCAAGCAAUCUGUGAUAAAGGAAAUUUUUGAACAUUCUCUAAAGCAGUCUGCAAGCUCUGCAAUGUCAUUGACACCAGCCAGAAGAUCACCAUCUUCUAGUCCAGCAAAAAGUCCUUUGGGUAGGAAGUCACCUGUUGGUUCUCCGUCCACAGUCUCUGCCAAGGCAAAACCAAUGAAGCAAUCUCCGUCCACUAAGGCACUAGUAAAAUCUCCGUCCAUCACCGCUGCUAAGAGAACACCAGUUAAGUCUCCAAGCAAGGAAUCACCAGUAAAACUUAAGUCCACAACACCGUCCAAGAGGUCACCUGCUACAAAAUCUCCCUCUCCGGCCAAAAAUUCAGCUGCUGCAAUAUCACCCUCUCCGGCCAAGAGUCCUGGCAAGAGGUUGCCUGUUGCAAAAUCGCCAUCUCCUGGCAAGAGAUUGCCUGUUGCAAAAUCGCCAUCUCCUGCCAAGAGGUUGCCUGUUGCAAAAUCGCCCUCUCCUGCCAAGAGGUUGCCUGUUGCAAAAUCGCCCUCUCCUGCCAAGAGGUUGCCUGUUGCAAAAUCGCCCUCUCCUGUCAAGAGGUUGCCUGUUGCAAAAUCGCCCUCUCCUGCCAAGAGGUUGCCUGUUGCAAAAUCGCCCUCUCCUGCCAAGAGGUUGCCUGUUGCAAAAUCGCCCUCUCCUGCCAAGAGGUUGCCUGUUGCAAAAUCGCCCUCUCCUGCCAAGAGGUUGCCUGCUGCAAAAUCGCCUUCUCCGGCAAAGAAGUCACCUGCAGCAAAAUUUUCCACCCCGGCUAGGAGGUCGCCUGCAGCAAAAUUUUCCACCCCGGCCAAGAGGUCGCCUGCAGCAAAAUUGCCCUCUCCGGCCAAGAGGUCGCCUGCAGCAAAAUUGCCUUCUCCGGCCAAGAGGUCGCCUGCAGCAAAAUUGCCUUCUCCGGCCAAGAGGUCGCCUGCAGCAAAAUUUUCCACCCCGGCCAAGAGGUCGCCUGCAGCAAAAUUUUCCACCCCGGCCAAGAGGUCGCCUGCAGCAAAAUUUUCCACCCCGGCCAAGAGGUCGCCUGCAGCAAAAUCGCCCACCCCGGCCAAGAGGUCGCCUGCAGCAAAAUCGCCCACCCCGGCCAAGAGGUCGCCUGCAGCAAAAUCGCCCACCCCGGCCAAGAGGUCGCCUGCAGCAAAAUCGCCCACCCCGGCCAAGAGGUCGCCUGCAGCAAAAUCGCCCACCCCGGCCAAGAGGUCGCCUGCAGCAAAAUUUUCCACCCCGGCCAAGAGGUCGCCUGCAGCAAAAUUUUCCACCCCGGCCAAGAGGUCGCCUGCAGCAAAAUUUUCCACCCCGGCCAAGAGGUCGCCUGCAGCAAAAUUGUCCACCCCGGCCAAGAGGUCGCCUGCAGCAAAAUUGUCCACCCCGGCCAAGAGGUCGCCUGCAGCAAAAUCAAUUGCUACCAAAUCUCCCAAAUCGGCCAAGAGGUCUCCUGUUGCAAAAAAAGUGACACCAGUAAAAUCUUUGUCAGCAACACCUGCAAAAAGGUCGCCUUCUACAAAGUCCUCCACAACAGCCAAGAUGCUGGGUGAUGCAAUAACGCCAACAAAGCAGUCUCCAGCAACACCAUAUACAAAGGGACGUUUUUCAGUUUCACGUAUUGGUACACCACCAAAUGUUCUAGAACAAGUUACAAGUGAUUCCCUCACCACAAAGACCCCAAAACAGUCGCGGAAAUCAAUAACUCUGAAGAAAACUCCGCGUAGAAGUCGGAAAAUUGAAGCUUAUGAAAUUAUACGUUCUAGAAGGAAAAGUGGUGCCACGGAAGCCAAUCUACUUGUGGCCAAAUCAUGGGCUGAUGUGGUAAAAAUUGGAAUUGCAAAGCACCAAAAGAAAACAAACAGACCUGUUGUAAAGGUGGUUACUAAGAAGAAACAAAUGCAGAAGAAACAAGCACAGAAGAAACUGAAAUUAAAGACUCCAUUAAAAAAACUGAAAGAUCAAUCGAGCACAGGGCAUGCAGAUUCUCCUGCAACAAUCCUGGUUGGCAGAGCCUAUACAAGAACUGUAAACUUGGCUGGACAUGUGCCUAAAGUUGUGAGGAACCAAGCAUUAAAACUCAACACUGCUCAUGAUGAAAGCUUUACUGGUAUAACUGAGUUAUUUAGGACUCCUGAAAACCAAAAGCGACGCAGUAGUAGCAGAUUGGAAGUCUCUAAAACAGACACUCCAAAAUCAAUGCUUGUUGAGAUGUCCAUGCAGACUCCAGAAGAAUCAGGUGAAAUGGUGGUUUCCCCAUUAAGUAGUCCUGCCACUGCACAGCGCAAGCAGUACAGUCGUGAUGCUGUAUCUAGAUUUCUCAAAAGUCCUAUUUCACCAGAAAGAAGUACAGCAAGCAAUGCAUUAUCAGAAAAUGCAGACGAAGAGACCUCAAAAUCAUCCAAGGAAAACAGAAGAUCUGUAGCUCUUUCUGGAAUCAGACACGUUAUGAAAACGCCAAAACAAAAAGGAAAACCAAUAACCGAUGCUCAUGCACUUAAAAAACUACUAAGGACACCAAAGGAAGCUCAGACUGUACAAGCGCAAAGCCGUAGAUCCACCAAACUUGAAGUGCUUGGCAUUGACCACCUCAUGAAGACUCCCAAGCAGAAGGGAGUACCUGUAGAAGAAUUUAUGGGCAUCAAGCGCAUAAUGACGACACCAAAGGAGAGAGGACAACCAGUCGAGGACAUGACUGGAAUAAAACGCAUAAUGAAGACUCCUAAGGAGAGAGGACAGCCAGUUGAGGACAUGACUGGAAUAAAACGCUUAAUGAAGACUCCCAAGGAGAAAGGACAACCAAUUGAGAACAUUGAUAUAAGCCAGUUGAUGAAUACUCCGCCUCAACUAGCUGAAUCAACUGACAAUACCCGUCCGAUAGAAGAAAUAUUUGGUAUAAGAAAUCUAAUAAAAACACCACCAAAGAAAUCUGCUGUUGAAGAGGCUUUAUCUACAGAUCCCAGAAACAGCAACCAGUCUGCGAAAUCACUGGAAGGCAGCUCUACUAACCACCCAGUGAGAGGGAAAGGAAGAUCUUCAAAGCGACUGACUCUACCAACUGUAACAUCAGAAGUAUCUAAGGAAACUCUUCCAGUUUCUGAUGGAGCAAGUUUACAGAGGCACAAACGUCCUAGGAGCAUGGUACCCAAGGAAUCGAUUCCUACAGCUGGUGAUGUGACUUCUCCAAAACAAAGGGGAAGGCCUAGCACUGCAAAAGGACCCAAAGAGUCUGUACUUGUGUCUGAGGUGAAUUCACCUACACGGAGAGGAAGACCUAGAAGCACUGGUGAAAUACCAAAGGAGCCUGUUGUGCCAGAUGAGUUGACUUCACCUUCACGUAGAGGAAGACCUAGUGCUACAAAAGUACUCAAGGAAUCUGAUGCUGUUACUGAUGUGGAGGUGACUUCCCCUUCACGUAGAGGAAGAUCUAGCACAACAAAAAUACCAAUAGAAUCUGCUGUUGUGCAUAAGGUGAUUUCACCUUCACGUAGCGGAAGACCUAGCACAUCAAAAACACCCAUAGAAUCUGAUGUUGAGGUGACGUCCCCUUCACAUAGUGGAAGAGCUAGCACAGCAAAAAUACCCAUAGAAUCUGUGACUGAUGAGGUGACUUCACCUUCACGUAGAGGAAGACGUAGUGCUGCAAAAAUACCAAUAGAAUCUGCUGUGACUGAUGUUGAAGUGACUUCAUCUUCACAUAGAGGAAGAUCUAGCACAACAAAAAUACAAAUACAAUCUGCUGCUGUGACUGAUGAGGUGACGUCGCCUUCACGUAGAGGAAGACCUAGUGCUGCAAAAGUACCCAAGGACUUUGCUGCGGUUACUGAUGAGGUGACUUCGCCUUCACGUAGAGGAAGACCUAGCACAGCAAAAAUACCCAUAGAAUCUGCUGUUGUGACUGAUGUUGAGGUGACUUCACCUUCACGUAGAGGAAGACCUAGUGCUGCAAAAGUACCCAAGGACUUUGCUGCUGUUACUGAUGAGGUGACUUCGCCUUCACGUAGAGGAAGACCUAGCACAGCAAAAAUACCCAUAGAAUCUGCUGUUGUGACUGAUGUUGAGGUGACUUCACCUUCACGUAGAGGAAGACCUAGUGCUGCAAAAGUACCCAAGGAAUUUGCUGCUGUUACUGAUGAGGUGACUUCGCCUUCACGUAGAGGAAGACCUAGCGCAGCAAAAAUACCCAUAGAAUCUGCUGCGGUUACGGAUGUGACUUCGCCUUCACGUAGAGGAAGACCUAGCACAGCAAAAACACCCAUAGAAUCUGAUGUUGAGGUGACAUCCCCUUCACAUAGUGGAAGAGCUAGCACAGCAAAAAUACCAAUAGAAUCUGAUGUGACUGAUGUUGAGGUACCUUCACGUAGAGGAAGACCUAGUGCGGCAAAAAUACCAAUAGAAUCUGCUGUGACUGAUGUUGAAGUGACUUCAUCUUCACAUAGAGGAAGAUCUAGCACAACAAAAAUACCAAUAGAAUCUGCUGUUGUGACUGAUGAGGUGACUUCACCUUCACGUAGAGGAAGACCUAGUUCUGCAAAAGUACCCAAGGAAUUUGCUGCUGUUACUGAUGAGGUGACUUCGCCUUCACGUAGAGGAAGACCUAGCACAGCAAAAAUACCCAUAGAAUCUGCUGUUGUGACUGAUGUUGAGGUGACUGCACCUUCGCGUAGAGGAAGACAUAGCACAGCAAAUAUACCCAAGGAAUCUGCUGCUGUUACUGAUGUGACUUCGCGUAGAGGAAGACCUAGCACAGCAAAAACACCCAUAGAAUCUGAGGUUGAGGUGACGUCCCCUUCACAUAGUGGAAGAGCUAGCACAGCAAAAAUACCAAUAGAAUCUGAGGUACCUUCACGUAGAGGAAGACCUAGUGCUGCAAAAAUACCAAUAGAAUCUGCUGUGACUGAUGUUGAAGUGACUUCAUCGUCACAUACAGGAAGAUCUAGCACAACAAAAAUACCAGUAGAAUCUGCUGUUGUGACUGAUGUUGAGGUGACUUCACCUUCACGUAGAGGAAGACCUAGUGCUGCAAAAGUACCUAAGGAAUUUGCUGCUGUUACUGAUGAGGUGACUUCGCCUUCACGUAGAGGAAGACCUAGCAUAGCAAAAAUACCCAUAGAAUCUGCUGUUGUGACUGAUGUUGAAGUGACUACACCUUCACGUAGAGGAAGACAUAGCACAGCAAAUAUACCCAAGGAAUCUGCUGCUGUUACUGAUGUGACUUCGCCUUCACGUAGAGGAAGACCUAGCACAGCAAAAACACCCAUAGAAUCUGGUGAGGUUACGUCCCCUUCACAUAGUGGAAGAGCUAGCACAGCAAAAAUACCCAUAGAAUCUGAUGUGACUGAGGUACCUUCACGUAGAGGAAGACCUAGUGCUGCAAAAGUACCAAUAGAAUCUGCUGUUGUGACUGAUGUUGAGGUGACUUCGCCUUCACGUAGAGGAAGACCUAGUGCUGCAAAAGUACCCAAGGAAUUUGCUGCUGUUACUGAUGAGGUGACUUCGCCUUCACGUAGAGGAAGACCUAGCACAACAAAAAUACCCGUAGAAUCUGUUGUUGUGACUGACGUUGAGGUGACUUCACCUUCACGAAGAGGAAGACCUAGCGCAGUAGAUAUACCUAAGGAAUCUACUGCUGUUACUGAUAUGGAGGUGACUUCUCUGAAACAAAGCGGAAGGUCUAGCACUUCAAAAGCACCCAAAGACACUGUUCUUGUACGUAAUUUGGUGACUUCACCUACACGGAGAGGAAGACCUAGUGCUGCAAAAAUACCCAUGGAACCUGCUGUUGUGCCUAAUGUGAAGGUGUCGUCUCCAAUACAAGAAGUAAAAGUACCUGAGAAUGCUGUUUUUGAUGAGGUAGCUGUACCUAAACAGAGAGGGAGGCCUAGAAGCACUAGUGAAACAACACCAAAAGAACCUGUUCCAGAUGUGUGUAUUUCAUCUACACGUAAAAGAAGACUUGGCACCACCAAAGAAUCUGUUCCAGUGCCUGUUGAUGUAACUUCACCUCUACGUAUAGGAAGACCUAGUGCUGCACAAGUACCCAUGAAAUCUGCUAGUACUGAAGUGGAGGUGAUUUCUCAGAAACAAAGGGGAAGGUCUAGCUCUGCAAAAGCACCCAUGGACACUGUUCUUGUACCUGGAGUGACUUCACCUACAGAAGGAGGAAGACCUAGUGCUGCAGAAUUAUCCAAGGAGUCUGUUCUUGUGCCAGGUGAGGUGACCUCAUCCACACGGAGAGGUAGACCAAGAAGCACUGAAGUAAAGGCAAAAGAAUCUGUUGCUGUGCCCGAUGUGGAAUUGAUUUCACCUACACGCAGAGGAAGACUUGGCACAACUGAAGUUCCCACAGAAUCUGCUCUUGUGCCAGACAGUGAGGUGACUUCUACUCGUAGAGGAAGACCUGGCACUGCAACGAUACCCAAGGAGUCUGUUCUUGUGUCUGGUGAGGUGACUACACCUACACGGAGGGGAAGACCUAGAAGCACUGGAGAAGUGGCAAAAGAAUCUGCUGCUGUUCCAGAUGUGGAGUUGACUUCACCUACACGCAGAGGAAGAAUUAACACAGAAGUACCCAAGGAAUCUGUCUCCAUGUCUGGUGAGGUGACAAAACCAAAACGCAAAGGAAACACUAGAAGCACUGGAGUAGUACCCAUAGAAUCUGGAACAGUUGAUGAUGGUAAAGUACUUUCACCAAUACGUGAAGAAAGCACUAAAGGCAAGGCUGGGAUAGUAAAGGAAUCUGUUCUAAUUGCUGAUGAGAUUACUACAAAAAAACGCAAAGGAAGGAAAAGAGGUGUAACAAAAGUGUCCAAAGAGACCGUUUUAGUUGCAGAUAGUGAGGUGACUUCACAGACAGUCAGGCGUAGGCCUAAAGUUGCAACAAAUGUACCAAAGGAAUCUGUGGCUGACAAAGUUAGUGAAGUUACUUCUACACAUAGUGAAAGGUUAAAAAGUACGACUUCUGUACUCAAGGGUGCAGUUUCUGACGACGAGACCUUGUUUGCACGCAGAGGAAGAUCCAGAAACACUGUAGAAGUACCCAAGGAAUAUCCGGUUUCUGAGGGCAAAAUUACUUCACCGAAGCGCAGAGGAAGGCCUGCCAAGACUGCACAAAGCAAACAAAACAUUAAUUUGUCAAUAACAGAGUCUUCAUCCCAGACCCUAAACUUAAGCGAAAAUGUGGAAGAGUCAAACCAAGAAGCUCUAAAUGAUUCAGUCAUAAUUGUGACUGAAAGACCUUCGAUGCGCGGCCGAUCAAAGAGAAAUGUGACUGAGCAAACUGUGAAAGCUUUAGAAGCCACUAACUUGUCCCAAGAGCCAUUAGAAGAUAAAACUGAUGCAAAAACAAGUAAGAAGCCUUCUCGUCGGAAUAUUAAAAAUGUGAAGACUUCAAGACAGAAUGAAGAUGAACCAACAAAUGCUCCAGAGAUGUCGCUACCAGAAGAAAACACAAUUCCAGCUGAAGAAAUCCACACUUUACUCCCUGUGCCACGUAAACGAAGGGGAAAAGCAAGACAAAACAUACAAUCUGCAGUUCUUGUUGAAGGUAAUCUUAAAUCCAGUUCAGGAGAUGUUAAAACUUCACCUGCUGCCAGAAGAGCUGGAAGACGCAAGAAUGUGGAAGCAGAUGCAAAUUCUAAUGUUUCUAAACCAGAAGAAACUUCAAAGGAAAAUACUGAUGCAGCAGUUAAGAGCCCAGAAACGAAGGGUCUCAAAAGAUCAACCAGGCGGGAGAAGGAUUUAUUAAACGAAGAGGCUGCUGAGGUGCCGACUAAGGCUUUGCGUGGAAGGCGGAAUAGAAAGGCUUUGGGAGAUAACUCUGUUGGGACUGUUAAUUUAGGCAAUUCUGAAACCGUGUUACCUGAAACUGUUAAGGCACUCCAAAAAGUUACACCAACAAAGAAGUCUAGUACUGAAAGAGAAACUAGUGAGGUGUCUAUUUCAGAUGCACAUGAGCAGAAACUGUCCCCUGUUGCUCCAGCUGCCAGACAAAGAGGAAGAAGAAAUCAAAUCUUGCAAGAAAGCUCCAACCUUAGUCAUGAAGAGCAGCCCAAACAUGACACUGAAGUAGAAACUGAAAAGUCUACAAGAGCAACGCGGGGUAAAAAAAUUGUAUCUAAGAUCGUCAAAUCCAAACCAGCUGAAGUAAAAGAAAAGAGGUCUGCUAGAAGCAAAACAUUACAGUCUUCAGGUGCACAGCAUACUUCUAUUGAAACUUCAUCUAGGACAAAAUCUGUACAAUGGCACCCUCUAGUGGUCACUGUUGGAAAUUCAAGAGAUGAAGCGACCGCACAGGACACUGAGGUAUCUGCUCGUGGUGGUCGGUCUAAGGCAAAAAUCAAACUAGAUACACCAGAUUUAGUUGUAUCAGCUAAAAGGCCUCGCCGUGAAGCAGACACAGAGGAGAAAGUGGAACCUUCAGCAGAUUCUCUAACCAUAAACAGUGUUGCUAAAGAAGUUCCUGAUACACGUAAAAGAGGAGCAGCAAAUUCACAAGAGAGAGCAUCGAAAAUUAGCACUUCAGAUCUGCCAGAAAAGGAUGGACCAAAGAAACGCAGUUUGGAUGCAAAUGUUUCAGCCGAGUUGCAAACAACUGAAGAAUUAGGAACUAAAAGGAGUACAGGUAGAAGAAUGCUUAAAACGCUAGAUGUUCAGUCCUAUUUUGUUACACAGCAGGCAUCUAGUGUUGAAUCUUCAGAACUCGUGAAUCAGAACACUUCAAAGCAUGCACGUGGACGAAGAGCUGCAGCUAAGGAAUUGGAUAGUGAAAAUAAAGACGUUGCGAAGAUCCCUAAACUCAUACCUUCAAGAGGAAGAAAGGCAGUGGCUGCUGCUAAGGAGGCUUCUACUGAGAAUAUAAGUAGCCAGUCUCCUGUUAAACCUAAAUAUCAGGGGAGGGGUGUUUCAAGUAAAGAAAGGGCUGAAGAAGCAGUGAGUACUUUAGUAAAAGCCACACGAGGAGUAAAAAGAAAGAUUGCAAGCUCUGCAGCACCGAGUGACUUUCGUGAGGGAUCUCACUCCCAACCCAAUCUGAUUGAGCAACCAGAAACUCUAAAUAGUCCUACAGGUCGUGGCAAGAGAAAUGCAAGGAAUAGCAAAACGCAGAAAGGUGAAGAAACAGAGUCCUUAUUGAAAGAAAAGCAGAUAGCAACAUCUAGUUCAGCAAAAAGAAGUAAAAAAGAGACCACACUGACUGCUGCUGAGAAAAAAGCUAUAGUACUUAAAACCAGGACAAGCACACGUAACAGGAAAUAGCGGAACGCAUGAAUUUUUCAUGAUUUGUAAAUAAAGCCAAACCAGCUAGAGAUUACAGUUUAAAUGUAACUUUCGUCCUAGAUGUUUUAAAUCUUUAGCACUGCUUCUUACUAUUGUAAAAAAGAAAAGAAAAAAACAUUUUAUUGUUUUUAUCAUCUUUGUCAUGAAAAAGCUUGUUUUAAGUCUUGUGCAGAAAACGGAUUGAAGAUUGGGGAAUAAUUUGCUGUUUCUGAAUUUUUUUUAACAUGGUUAUUCUUGCGCUUUAAUAUCCGAUUGGCUUGUAUGUUUAAUAAACGAAACUGCCAGUCUUAAUUUUUUUUUAAAUAUAUAUAUAUUGUGGGGGGGGUUUUAAAUAAAAUAUUGGAAUGAUUGUCACAUUUUGUAAUUUGCCUUGCUGAAUAGUAAAGCUCAUUGUAUUUCAAAUCAUUCCACUCUGGCUAGGUCUGUAAUUAUUUAAAGCCAAAAUCACCAUGAUGUCUUAACAAUGUCAUUUUAGACCUCAUAUCUAACUAUUUAAAGGUGUUCUUGUGAUUUGUUGUUUUUUGCUAUCUGUUCUAUAUCCUGUCAGUCUUAGUAGCUGAAAUGUUUGGUCACUGCUGUUUCUAUUUAAACAUUGAGCAGGUGAGACCAUUGGCAGCUAGGAGAAGACAUCUAAAAAUAUUUUUACAAUGCAUAAAGAUGAGUUAACCUUUUAUAUUAGUGUUGUGUGGCUUGUGGUGUGAAUAUAGUGUGUUUUGUCCUUUUCUAUUUAGAAGUGUGAUCAUAUUGUUGCCGUUCACAACACUGCACAUUUUUAAAGGCCAGGGAAUAUUAAAGAACAUUAAUGACAGUCCGGUUGUGGGCUGAAUCUGUUUUCACAUGAGUACCCCAAAUCUGUUACCUCAGUUGUUGCUUCAGGCCAGUAAUGGUAUCCGGUCUUUAGGUAGAUCAUACUUAGGUCGACAGUCAUUAGGUCGACCAAAGUUUUUCCCAUAUUUUUUUUUAUUCUUUAAAACGUUCAUACUUGACAAUACACGUGUACUACGAUUGGGAAUAGUAACCUGUACGAGGCACCUUUGGUUCGCCAUGCGAGGGGACACUGCACUAAUUGGGUUUCCUGGUCACUUUACGACAAAAGAGACAAAAAAAAACCUCAUGUCAACCUUUUUCCAUGUCGACCUGAUGAGUGUUGACCAAUAGUGGUCAACCUAAUGACUGUCGACCUAGUUAAUGUUGACCCAAUGAACCACACCCCCAGUAACUGGUUCCAGAUGGGUUCAUGUUCUUCAGUCUCAUAAAUAUUAUGGGGACUGUCUCCUAAGUGUCCAGGAGACAGCUGCUUAUCAAACAUUUGGUAUAUUUAAGACUGCUUUCUAUGUUGGAGUAGUGUAUUUAAACAAAGAAAAAAAAAACAUUAAAUGCUAUAUUUAAAGUGAUCUUCAGGCAUACUUUCCUUUAUAACGUAAUACUACCCAUUAGUAAUUACCCUUGCAGAUUGUUACAUUUUUUGCUGUUUUUAUAGUUAAUGUAGAGCAUUUUAUUUUGCUUAUAUACAUGAUGAGCAAGUAUGUUUUGGUGAAAACUUAAUAUUGUGAUCAUUUACACCCCUGCUACCUUACCUGUUUGCUACUUAUUGAGAAUGUACAGUGCACAAGAAGUCUAACUUGUAUUGUUGCUGUGAAGCCUUGGUUUAAUAUCUGACUCUGUAAGACAGCAAAUGAUUGCCAAAUUUUAAAAUAGACUUGCAAAUGUUUAAGAAUGUUGCUGUAUUUCCAUUUUAAAGGAUUGUGCAGUCUUUAAGUUUAGCAUUUUACUUACAGACAGUCCUAUUAAGGGCUGAAUCCAAUUUAGUUGGAUUUUAUGAAACAUGAUUGCUUUGUAAACACCAAUCAAUAAACUAAAAUUUAUUUUCUGGA